GCAGGGGGGACUCUGAGUGUGAGUGUGAGUGAGUGAGUGUGAGUGUGAGUUUUGUGCCGGAGCCGCUCGAUGGUGCUGCUGAAUUUUUCCAAGAUGUCGUCGCUGGAACAGAGACUCUCCCGAAUCGAGGAGAAACUGAAGCAAGAAAAUAAAGAAGCUCGGAGACGAAUCGACCUCAGCAUCGACAUGAGUCCACAGCGCUCACGCCCCAGGCCGAUCAUCGUGAUCCAGCUCAGUCCUGCUCCAGCCCCCUCCCAGCGUGCAGCUUUGCAGUUGCCACUGGCCAACGAUGGUGGAAGCCGUUCGUCUUCAUCAGAGAGCUCACCCCAGCACCACUCAUACCCCAGCAGACCCCGACACAUGCUCACGCUGCCCACACCACCGUACGGCCUGCAGAAGAGCUUGGAGAAUGCUGAAAUAGAUCAGAAGCUACAGGAAAUCAUGAAACAGACGGGUUACCUAAAGAUUGACGGACAGCGAUACCCCGCAGAAGUGACGGACUUGAUCAGUGAGGGGGAGAUUGGCAGUGGCACUUGUGGGCAGGUCUUUAAAGUGCGCUUUAAGAAGACCGGCCACGUCAUUGCUGUUAAGCAAAUGCGGAGGACGGGUAAUAAAGAUGAGAAUAAGAGGAUUCUGAUGGAUUUGGAUGUGGUGCUGAAAAGCCAUGACUGCCCGUACAUCAUCCAGUGCUACGGAGCUAUAGUCACCAAUACGGAUGUAUUCAUUGCCAUGGAGCUGAUGGGAACAUGUGCAGAGAAGCUGAAGAAGCGGAUCCAGGGGCCCAUACCAGAGUGCAUCCUGGGGAAAAUGACCGUGGCGAUUGUGAAAGCUCUGCUGUAUCUGAAAGAGAAGCAUGGCGUAAUCCACCGAGACGUAAAGCCCUCUAACAUCCUUUUGGACGCUAAAGGCCAGAUCAAACUCUGUGAUUUUGGCAUCAGCGGCCGCCUCGUCGACUCCAAGGCUAAGACUCGCAGUGCCGGCUGUGCUGCUUACAUGGCUCCUGAGAGAAUAGAUCCUCCAGAUCCCAGUAAGCCGGACUAUGACAUCAGGGCCGACGUUUGGAGUCUUGGCAUCUCUCUGGUGGAGCUGGCCACAGGGCAAUUCCCAUAUAAGAACUGCAAAACAGACUUUGAGGUUCUGACCAAAGUGCUGCAGGAAGACCCUCCUCUUCUGCCUCUCAGCAUGGGCUUCUCUCUGGACUUCCAGUCUUUCGUUAAAGACUGCCUCACAAAGGAUCACAGAAAAAGGCCAAAAUACCACAAGCUGCUUGAACACAGUUUCAUUCGGCGUUAUGAGGUGCUGGACGUGGACGUGGCGGGCUGGUUCCAGACUGUGAUGGAGCGCACUGAGUCUCCACGCAGCAGCCAAUGCUACAGCCAACAUCAGCUCCACUCACUGUUCAGCAGGUAGCCAGACAGAGGGAGAGAUGGAGCGAUGGAUGGAUGGAGGGAGAGCGGAGGAUUGUGUGCAGGUUAGGGAUCGAUAAAGGUGCUGGUUGAGAGAUAAAAAAAGAGAAAGAGACUGAGGGACUGAGCAUGUGAUUUAUGGACAUGGUUUUAGAGAAAGUAAAAGUGAGAGCCUGACUGACAGACAGACAUGGGCAAGUGUGCUGUAAUCUGAAAUAUAUAUAUAUAUAUAUACUUUUUUCUUUCUUUCCUUCCAUCCACCAUUCUUUCAGGACGGACAUGUUAGCAGUAGCUAGUUUGUGCACAUUCACUUAUCAUAGCCCAAAAUGUAUAGUGUCAUAGACUUCCACUACCAGCAUAAGCUAUAGUCCACUGUACAGCUGUGAAUAUUGUCUGACGAGGAGUUCACGUACUCGCAUUACGCGUUCACUUCCGUUCAAUCAGUGUAAGCCAUAGGUGGCUGCGCAGUGGGUAGCCACUCUAUAGAUAGUGUACAGUCGUAUAUUGAUAGCAAGUAAUUUAGCACCAUGGUCAUUUGCGUCUACAUCCUCCAUAGCCCCUUACUCAGGGACUGAACAGAGUAGUCUAACAACACUGAGCCAAGGUGAGUGUGUGUAUGUUUGUGUGUCUGUAGUACAAGUCUUAGUAGACUUGUGUUUAGUAUACGGCAAGUCUUCACAUUACUGCACGAAAGCAGUACAGCGAAACAGUACAGGAAAUGCGAGGAGGAUUUAGAUAGUGUCCUGAAGUGUAUUACUGUUGUCAUUUUUUAGCUAACACAUUUCUAACUCACCUUUAUAGAAUUUGAACUUGUUGCAAGAUUUCAUUGAACAUUUUACUUUGACUAACUUUCAUGCAUCAUAUAUACAUUUGAUAAUGGGAUCUUGUUUGACUGUAAAGAUAAAACACAAAAAAAUUAGCUUGUAGCGUUUUAUAUGUAUAGACUACAUCGUAUAUACACCUCAGGAGCACAAUCAGUAUGCAAAAGCAGGAAGACUGAUAGUCUGUGAAUGGAUUAUACUUGUGAAGAAAGGCAUCAGACAAAAUCAUGGCCACCUAAGAACACACAGUGGUUGAAGGAAGUGAUGAGGCAAAAGGAGAAAAGUUGUCAUGGUGACUGAGCUGUCUUCUAGUUCUUCAUGCUGAAGAGACGGGGGAAAUAAAACAGAUGGAUAGAAAGACAAGAAUACGUGCAAAACCAUGGUAUUCAUGCGAUCCAGUGACAAAGAUGUUUAAAAAAACAUCAACAAUGGAACAUUUUUGCUCUAAAACUCCAAACUCAUAGAUUUCCUUCCAUUUUUUUCCCCAUUUUGUUCCAUAUUUUGAUCAUUUUGUUUCCUUUCUACAGUUUCAUUCUCAUUUCAUUCUCUUUCUGCCUGAUUUGUUUUCACUUGUAAAGAGCAUUUGAGUUCCAGCAGACCAAAGCAAUUUUGAUUUUCACUGCUUUAUUUGAUGCAACACUGGGUUUACACCACUUUCAGUUGUCCAUCAGUCGUUUGUCACCAGUCCACUCCACUCCACACGCGCUGUUCUUUGGAAAUUCAUUUACGUUUUCCAGAACCAAAGCUGUAGACCUUGAGACUUCACUGCUUCUCAAAGCCAAAUCACUGCUAGGCUGAUUGAGGAAAGAGAGACAAAGACAAUAAGGAGACAGAAAGGAGAGAGAGACAUUUGGGGUAGUAAGAAAUGGGACACGGUACGUUGACAGGAAAGGUCAGGAUGUCAGGAUGGUAAUAAAAGAAAGAUAAGAGGCAUGUGAGGGCUGUCACUGUCAAUUAUAGUAGCUCGUAUUUUGACAGUUAGACAGGUAAUACCAAUUAUUUACACAAGUAAAUGUGUAAUCGGAGUUCUUAAAAAGGCCUAACCAUAUAAACAAGACUAUAACCAACCAUUCCUAACCCUUUAAAGAUUAUGAAGUACUUUAGUAAAAGAUAAACAAGGAAGACUUCUAGCAUAGCUUACAUCAACUUUCACUAUAGAUUUUACUAACUAAGUAAUCUACAUAUGUUUUUGGUGAUUAAUCCGAGUUUUUAAAAAAACGAUAUGGACUGAACAGUAUCAAAUCAUGAAUAUAAGAUUCCAAACCAAUUUUUCUUGAAAAAAGUCUUAAGAAGACUUUAUGUGCAGUAUACAUGAAAGAGAGUGGCUAAUUAGACUUUAUGUAAUGUAAUUAGGCUACAUUAAGUGAGAAUAUGCAUUAUAAUCAUGCAAGCUGUUAAAUAACCACUACUGAUUCACUGAUCAAGUCAAUUUUAAUUAUUUAUUUUGUGUAUUUACUUUUGCAUUGCGCAAUUGAGUUUAAUCGUGUAAUCGUGACAGCCCUCCAGGGGCAGAGAGAGAGAGAUGAGAGGGGGAAAGGAACGUAUGAUAAGAAGGGCUUAGUAAGGUCUAUAGUAGAAGGUACAGGCUUUUCAGAGUGUUUUACUUUCAUUGAAGUUGAGCACUGACAUGUGCAGGUUAGGACUUCUCAGUAAGGGGAUCUUCACUGACUGCUGUGGUCAGGUGAGCUAGCUGGACAUUGCAUAAAAGCUUUCAGUGGUAUCAAACCAAUGUACUAUUUUUUUAUUGCUAGGGAUGAAUUAGUUUGUGUUAUUUUUACUGUCGUAUUGAUCAUUAUUGAAUCUUUUUUUAAAUCAAUUAUUCUAUUUAUUUAUUGUUACUGUUGCUGCUGCUACUUUUUGCUUUAGAUGCUGCUGUCAAUUAUUUUGUUCCCCAAAGGACAAUAACUUAUUUUCUUCUUUUGUUUUUCUUUCACGAAACCAAAAAAAAGUGAAAAGCUGCAAUGUCUCUACAUUUACCAAAUACAUUCAAGGAAGAACUUAAACAGAGAUGGUAAGACCAUGGAGCAAAGAGAAAGGAGAGGAGGUGUGGAGAUAAAGAAGCGCAUAUAUAUAUAUAUAUAUAU